ACAGGACGAUGCUGAGCUGCAUUUCCACCAUUCUGUGAGGAGAGGAGGAUCCUCCUGCGCACCCACGGCACACAGGGAGACGCAGGCCAAUAAAGAAGAAAAAUAGCAAUAAAAUACGUAUAAAAUAAGUUAAGCUUUUUAUCUGCCGCCAUGUCAGCCGGAGGAGAUUUGGGGAACCCCCUGAGGAAAUUUAAACUCGUGUUUUUAGGAGAGCAAAGCGUGGGCAAAACAUCUCUCAUCACCAGAUUCAUGUAUGACAGUUUUGACAACACAUAUCAGGCGACCAUUGGAAUUGACUUCCUAUCAAAGACCAUGUACCUGGAAGACCGGACAGUAAGGCUGCAGCUUUGGGAUACAGCUGGACAGGAGCGCUUUAGGAGCCUCAUUCCCAGCUACAUCCGGGACUCUACAGUGGCGGUGGUUGUCUAUGACAUUACAAACGUAAACUCGUUCCAGCAGACCUGCAAAUGGAUUGACGACGUCAGAACGGAGAGAGGAAGUGAUGUAAUCAUCAUGCUCGUCGGCAACAAGACAGAUCUGGAGGAAAAGAGGCAAAUCACGAUUGAGGAAGGAGAGCAGAGAGCCAAGGAGCUGAACGUCAUGUUCAUUGAGACCAGUGCCAAGACGGGCUCCAACGUCAAACAGCUGUUUCGUCGAGUGGCGGCUGCCCUACCUGGGAUGGAAAGUCUGGACGACGCAAACCCCGAAGGCAUGAUUGACAUCAAGCUGGACAAACCAGCAGAGCCCACCGUCCCGGAGGGCGGGUGUUCGUGUUAACUCAGAGCUGCUUCUGGAAGGCUCCCUUCACACCAUAGGCUUGUUGUGUUGCUUAAUACCAGCUAGCUUCCAGUUGACUUCUCUAAUUGGAUAUAGGAGCAAGGCCUUGUAUCUGAUUGGACAAAUCAAAUGUUAUCUUUCAGUCUUGUUCAGUUGUAAGAUAUUGUAUACUUUGUCAAUAUGUAAGAGACUGGACGAGGAGAAAAAUAAACAUGUUGCAAUGAAAAGGAACAAUAAAAAAAGAAACAGUUUGGGGAAAAAUAAGAAAAAAAAGAGAAAAAUGGGGCAACCAACAGAGUUCUUUUCGCUGUUAUGUUUUGUAUUUUUUAUAUAUAAAAAGGGAAAGCACCAAAAAUAAGGCCUAAACACAGAAGGGGAAAAGUCAGAGGGUCAGCUCUUGAUGGCCGAACACGUCUGAAUGUCUGCAGCACGCAUGCACGCUGAUCUGAUCUCUGACCUUUGGCCAGCCCUCCAGGGUCUCAGUGCUCUGGUGGGGGGCCGACUAUCUUAAAAUGUUUUAUAGCAUCUCUCUAUAGCAUCUCAUGACAAAACCUUUCUCAUUUAAUAUUCCCCACAAGAGUCAAAUAACUUCCAGUAGGUUCACCUAACAGUAGCUGUGAAAACGUGGCACUGUCUCUCUCUCUCUUUUAUAGAACAAACUGUACUGUGGUUAAAAAAAAUAAAGAGCUAAUAAAAAAGACAGCUUACUGUCACAACCCUCUGUCCCUCCAUCUUACCCUCUGCUGUUCCUUCUUGCCUCCCUCUUUCUCUCUCCCUUCAGUCUCCCUUCCCUCCAUCCUGGAAAUAGACAUAUAACAAUCCACUGUAAUGCACUGCACUGUAUAUAAUAAUGUAAUAUGUAUGUUGUGAACGUCCCUCUGUAGAAGUGGUCCUUGUUCACCAGUAUGAAUAGUGUAAUAACGUUUAAUGAUGAAUAAAUUACAGAUUAAAGGGCUUCACUCUCCUAACCAUCAACAUUCA